AUGAAAGUUAAUAGGCAUCUAGUACCAAGCGAGAUUCCAGCUGGGAAAGACAGCCCGGACGGGGCGGCUAUUGCAGAGAGCUCUGACGUGGCGCCGGAAUGGGUCGUCGUGAAGUUUCAAGAUGAUCGGCAGAAACGUGUACGAGUGGGAACAAGGGUUGGAGACGAUCCGGAGUUGGCGCCCUUCGCUGGCAAGAUCAAGGUCGACGGAUUUGAGCCAACGCUCGUCCUCUUCUCCAACCACCAGUUUUCACCUGGCGACAGCUACACAAUCGUGGAAGGUAUGUAA